UAAAAUCGACAGUGAUUGCUUUAAAGACCUAGGCCUAAAGGAAAUGUGUAAUCAGACAACUGAAGGGAAACACAAAAUCCAUGCGUUUCACUUCAGGUGUUUGUAUGCCAAACUACUCAAUGUGAAUUACUCAGCUCCGUCCGCAAAAGACAUCUAUGGAGAUUGUCAAAACUUCGGUUCUGAGAUCAAUACUUUGCAACAGCUAUGGAACAAUUUAGAUAAUGAUGGAACAUCUGCAGGAGUCACAUCAGCAUCUCCACCAAAUACAUCAACAUUAUGUUCAACAACUACAAUGACAACAUCCACCCCAACUAUGUCAUCAUCACUUGGCGCAACUACAUCGACAACAUCUCCAACAACUACAUCGUCAGUGCCUCAUAUGGGUCAAAGAACAGAAAAAUCAACACACACAUGGCAAACCACCUCCAUCCUGGUGGUGUUGAUGCUGUCCAUCACGGGGAACCUCAUGCAGGGGCUCAACUCUUUUCUGCAGAAGCGGAAACUCAACAUGAAGCAGAAGCAGAUGAGUGCCGAAUGCAUCUGCCUAAAUCCAGACACGACGGCAGCAGAAAAAAGCCCAAAGAAAAGCUUAAGUUACUCGAACGAAAGUGUGCAUUGAGGACCAAACUCAUGACCUCCUUUCAUCAAACUCUUCGCUCUCUGGUGGGAGGCAACUCUUUUCCUGGAUCAACUGUUUCUAACAAAAUGAAGACACGAGCCUCUCAAUCAUUUUGUACACCAAAAACAAACAACAACAAUAAAAGAAAGAAACAAGACAUGAGAGAAGCAGGAAGCUGCGUUGCAGGAAGCUGCGUUGGUCACAGAGUCUUCAAUCAGAGGCUGAACUCCAGCAGCACAGGUCACAUCACUCCAUUUGACUGAUUGCUGCUCCUCUGGAGCCGGGCUGAGGCGUGUGUGUGCUUGUGUUCCUUCCAUGAUGCUCAGUUAUGUGAACUGAAAUGGUUACAGGAAGAAGAACCAAUAACUGAAUGUAAUGUUUAAGUAGAAACUCGGGUGCACUGAACUAUACUGCAUUCACCGUAGAGGACCUGGUGAAAGUAUUCAUACCUGUUGAAACGUUGUUGUUUUGUGUGACUACUACAAACCGUCAAGCAUUUUAGUGGGAUUUUAUCUUUUACACCAACACAGAGAGGAAUUCACUUGUGCUACAUGGAAAGCCCUUACAACUGAUUACCACUCAAUCUUGAACAUUAGUGUUGAAGUUCUGCCAAAUAUUCUCGACUGGUAAACCUUCAUUGUCGUCUCAAGUCUUUUACAACCUCCCAAAAGUUGUCAGGACUGACUGUCAUGUAAUGAACUCCAGCCACAUUUUCAACAAAUAUCAAAAGCCUCCCAGUUCCUGAAACACAUCCCCACGAUAAGAUGGUAUUUUUCCACCAACCCCAUGUGCCAUGGAUUUUAAAGCUGAAUUUUGGUCUCAGUAGACAGUAGCACCAUCUUCAACAAGUUUGCUAGCUUGUGUCAACCUGCAGAGUUAUUCACCACGGUGUAGCCUGGUGAAAAGCAGCGUGUUGUUCUACGCUUUAAAUGAAUGGAUCUGAUUUUACUCAUUAUGGACGUGACAUUUGUAAUGCACCUGCUGGAUCAUGAAGGAAGCUACGCCAUAAAGCUUACCGGAGAUUGCGUGCGCUGUAAACAACCUUCCCCCCACUGCCAAGAGAGAUGUCAAAGCCAAACGACACCAGGAAUAAAAUGUCUUAAACAUUCCUUUUGCUCCGACUUUAAUUGCUCAAUAUUUGGAAGCGUGGCCAACACAGACUGAACAAUUUUGUUUACGUCCUCCACUGCCACAUGCAGAGUACAAUUCUAAAAUGGAACAAAAUUGCGACAUCAUUGUUCACAACUCAACUUCUGUUCACUGAUUGGAUGAACUGCUUCCUGAGAAAUCAAACUCCAUGGGAGACAUCCCAGACAUAUCACUGAAGAAAGAUGAGAAUCAAGCGGAACUGCAUAGGAAUUUAAUGGUCAGGCCAACUAUUGCGUGUUAGUGUUCUACAGAAAACAUUCUACAUUGACGUUUGAUUGAAACCUGAUGUGUAAAACAUUUCAAGGGGUAUGACUACUUUUGCUAGGUACUGUCAACAUUUUAAAGGGGAAAUUUAGAAUAUCCAAGUUUCCCUUGAAAAGCUUGGGGUGUUAUGAGAUUCCACAGCAUCGUUGUGCCAUGGUGCUUCCUGGAAGUGUGAAAUCUGUCCUCUGAGCCGCUGUCCAUCGUCAGAAUGUGAUUUAAUCUGAUCAGAAAAAUGUAAGGCAUUCUUACAGUUCCCACAUAUGAAGGUAGGGACUUGAACCUGACGCACUGUCUUGUGUUUUCGACUCCUACCUUGAAGUUCAGAAGGAACUAGUUAUUGAAAUACUUCCCUGUUGUGUUGAUAGCGACAUUCAGCCACAAAAGCGUUGAAGUGCCGUCCAUCGCGUUAAAUUUGGCGGAAACAAUUUGGAUAAAGAAAACUGUGACAAGGUGCAAAAUAUUUGCAAGCCCACUGAGUAAGUGAACCUGGCUUACCAGCCAGCUAGCUAGAAGCUAGCUGUUGAUAGGAGUUAGCUGGCUAGCUCCUAUCAACACUAAUCCUAACCAAAACGUGGAUGCGUCCUAUUGGUACUAAACCACAGUGGUAACUUUUUAUUGCUUUUGGGCUUCAUUUAAAAAUUGUUUUAAAAUGUGAAGCCCCCAGAUUGAGCAGGUUUGAACUGAAAUGUCUUACAUUUACCAAAAAUGCUCAUAUUUAUGAAGCUGGGUUUUUUGAUUGUGUGAAAAAUAAAAAGGAGGGGGUGAAAAAAUCAUACAAAUCUCCAUGUCAUACGCUGGAUGUAUCGUUGCACCCCUAGAAAGAACUAAUGCUUUUCUAGCCAACUUCUCUUGAGUGUGUUUACUACUGGUGUAGGGUGUGGAUGUCAAAUACAGCACCUGGUGAUCUUAAAACAUUGUGGAAGCAGUUUGUAAAUGUGUAUUUAAGGCUAUGCUAUUAAAAAAAGAGAGAUUUUCAUUUUUAAAGUCAAUACAUGAAGUGUUUAAUGUACACCAUUGAAAAUUAUCCAUUUCAAAAGCUAUAUACUGGUAUAUUGGAUUGCCGUUGCCAUUGUUGUUGUUUGGUUUUUUUGUUUUAACAUUGAAAAUGUUGCUAACCAAUGAAGAUGUAUAUAUUCUGUGAAAAGUAUGUAGACUCAAAGUUACUUUGCAACCGUUCCGCUUGCUUUGUCAUGCAGGAUAUGGAGUGUAGAAAUACUAAUAUGGUUGGUUGUGAUGUGGUCAAACAUGUAAAAAAAAAAAAGGAAAAAAAAGAAAGCUUAUGUGUAUAUAUUUGUAACCUUAUUUAUUGCUUUCCACAUAUUAAAAUACAGGCUUUUGCUUGUUUGUGCAGCUGCCGUUUGAGACAUGCAGCUAUUUAUAACAGUGAGCCCAAUAACAGGCUUACUGAAUUAUCCUUCGGUUGGACGACCGGUGACAGUUUGCUAAUUACGUUUUGGCCAAUUAUCAGACAUUGCACUAUUAGCACUAUUAUUGAAAGCUACAACCACAAGGUUUCUUCUUUUUCCUGGGACUCAAUGUGAUAGACCAACCUAAUGGAAUUCAUACCUGUAAAGUGAAAAAAAAAUAGAAAUGUGGUUGUUUUUUGUUGCUUUUUUACAAAUUAAAAAUGCAAAAAUUAA